GUCAUUCUUGUGCAUCACCUUUCACCUUUCACCUUUCACCUUCACUCACUUUCCACUUCAGACCUCUUUCAAAUAGGCACCUCCCUCCUCCUUUGUGCCUCGCACUGCUCCUACUUACUGAGUCCAUCGUCCAUCCUGCCUUCUUCUUUUCCUCCCUCUUCCUCUACCUCUCCUUCUCCUCCUCGCCCUCUUUCCUCGCUGCUCUCGUUCUCCCCUCCGCUCGUUACUCUGUUCGCUUGUUCUCGUCUGCCUGUCUUCUCUCAAUCACACUCGUUAUGUCAAUCUCUUCCGUCCUCUUGGCCGCUCUAGCCGCCCUGCCUUGGGUCCCCGCAUCGCCACUGCACCCUCGUUCCGACUACAAUGUCAAGGAAUCGAACAACGUCCCUCCUGCGUGGUCCAAUAUUGGCAACCCUCAUCCUCUACAUCUCUUGACCCUCAACAUCGGCUUGGAGCCCAGUAAUUUCGAUCUCCUCGAGCAGCACCUCCACCAAGUCUCCGACCCAUCACACGAUCGCUACGGCCAACAUCUGUCCCAACAAGAGGUCCACGACCUUCUGAGGCCCUCUGAUGAGACGUAUCAACUAGUUCAGGACUGGCUGACCGACAACGGCAUCGACCCGUCUCGCUGCGACAUCAACUCUGCCCGAGAUUGGGUCACUGUCACUCUUCCUGUCAGCAAAGCUGAAGAGCUGCUCGACACCAAAUACGCCGUCUACCAGCAUCAGGACGGCACCAAACUCAUCCGAACCACCAGCUGGUCUCUCCCACGCUCCCUCCAUGACCAUGUCACGACCAUUCAACCCACCACUGCUUUCCUUCGAACCAAUCCCAAAUCCAGCACCCUCAUUGAUGUUCCAGUCGACGUUGACAUUACCCAGCUCACUGCCACCGCCAAUGCUACCACCAUCAAAAGCUCAUGCAAUUUCGCCGGCAUGACGCCCAAAUGCCUGCGAACCCUGUACAACACCAUCGAUUACAAGCCGAAAGCUCCCCACAAUAAUUCAGUCGCCUUCACUAAUUACCUGGGCCAAGUUUCUAAUCGAACCGACGCCCAGACAUUUCUGCGAAACUUUCGUUCUGACGCCGUUGACUCCGCCUUCGCCGUCACCCAGAUCUCUGUAAAUGGUGGAGCCGUUGACAAUGGCACAUCGGAGGCUGGCUUAGAAGGCAAUCUCGACCUCCAAACCAUACUGGGAAUCGUCUAUCCCACGCCUGUCACCUUGUACUCUACGGGCGGCAAGCCUCCUUUUCAACCCGAUGACUUCAUCGGCACCAAUACGAAUGAACCCUACCUUACAUGGCUCCUCUUUCUGCGCGACCAAGACAUCAAGACCAUUCCCAAAGUGAUUUCCACCUCCUAUGGUGACCAUGAACAAACCGUGCCCCAAAGCUACGCUAAGACCGUGUGCAAUCAGUUUGCCGCCUUGGGUGCUCAGGGGAUCUCGCUGUUCUUUAGCUCUGGGGAUUCUGGUGUGGGUGAGAACUCUAGCUGCAUCACCAAUGACGGGAGAAAUCGAACCACAUUUAUCCCUGUUUUCCCGGCCUCUUGCCCAUAUGUCACUACCGUCGGCGGAACAAUGAACUAUCCCGAAGUUGUCGCCUACGACAAGCAAAAUUCGUUUGCCUCUGGAGCGGGUUUCAGCAAUUACUUUGCUCGACCGAAAUGGCAAGGUACCGCCGUGGAGCGAUAUCUCGAUACGAUUGGGGACAAAUUCAAAGGGCUGUACAACCGUUCUGGUCGCGCCUAUCCCGACAUAGCGGCUCAGGGUUACAAGUACCUCAUUUUUCUGGGCGAAACCGUCAGAAGCGUUGAUGGCACGAGCUGCUCCGCCCCAACCAUGGCCAGCAUCUUCUCCCUGGUGAAUGAUGCACUUGCGGCAGCGGGAAAACCCCCUAUGGGCUGGCUCAAUCCCUGGCUCUACAACAAAGGCUUCGCGGCAUUCACUGAUGUUGUCAAUGGCAGCAGUGUAGGCUGCGAUGGGCCUGGAUUCAGUGCUUCCCAGGGAUGGGACGUUGCGAGCGGCUUCGGCACUCCAGACUUUGAGAAAAUCUUGGACGUGCUAGGAAUUGGGGGCCCUUGAAUGGUCGUUCGUCUUCAAUCCUCGAUGAAAACAUUCUAUAUUUGUAUCCAGAGAUCUUGAUGUGGCUUCUCGUCUCUUGUGACGAACCCCAUCCUACGGAGCCCGGAGAGUCAAAGGUUAUGCUCAAGGCACAGAAAUUUCGUGAUUUGAGCACCUGAGAUAAUGAUAAAAUUAAUUGGAGAUGAGGCCGAUGACCAACUUGGCCAGAAUCCGGCACAGCCAAACACCUACGACGUGACGAGCCAGAGUGAAUCCUGCAAUUGCAACGGCCGAAUUGAUGGUAAAUGAGGUAUCUGGUCAGGCAAUGAAGUUCUGGGACACUUGCAUUCUUGAAGAACAAGUGAAUGAUACUGAGGCGGAUGCUGGAGCUGGCCGAACGGGGACUAUAGAUCCGUAGCUCUCCAAACAUUAUUGAGAUAUUGACUGACCAACCCAAAUGCAAGAUGUGAUGACAAGUGA